AUGCUCAAAAUUAUGGAUAGACCCUGGUCCCACCCAGACAGCGAAUACCUGCGCAAUCUGCAACGUGCAGAGAUCGAGGCUAUUUAUGGUCGCCCGGAUAGCGAACCGGGUACUCCGCCGUCGGCAGAUGAUAUUUCGGUGUUUCUGGUUGCGUAUCUUUGCUCUCCCGAGAAGAUAAAGGGGGAUGUGAAGGAGGAGGAUGAUGGGGUUAUGGUGCCUAUUGCCUGUGGGGCUCUUCGAGUUUUGACGUCGCUGCCGUCUUCGUCGGAGGAGGAGGAGGAAGAGGAAAAAGGGACGGGGGUAGAGGUUAAGCGCAUGUAUGUCCACGCAGACUAUCGCGGGAAACCGUGGUAUGCGGCAAAGGCUGUUCUCGCGGCGCUCGAAGACAGGGCGAGGAGGAAUGGUUGGAUGCAGGUUGUGCUUGAGACUGGGACGUUGCAGACAGCUGCUAUCAAGUUCUAUGGGCGUGAGGGAUAUGCGGAGAUUCCUCGGUUUGGGGCUUAUGUUGAUGCGGAGAAUUCGUUGUGCUUUGGGAAGGUGUUGAGUUAG